AUUGGGGAUUGGUUAAAAUCAUUAGGAUAUGAUGGCAUUGAUAUUGCCAGAAGUAAAUGUACACCUGAACCAUAGCCGUCGUUCGUCCCUCUAUCGAUUUCGAUCUCGAUCUCGAUAUCCGUUUCCUUCGCUCUGCAUAUUUGGAGGCAAAAAUUUUACAAUUAGACUUGAUUUCAAUUCUAAGGAAAACUACCUCCAUUUAUUCAUCCAUGGAAGUGGCUGCUGUGCGGACUAUCACAGAAAAAACAUGUAAUUCUGGUGUUGUCAUUGAGGAAGAGUAUGAUCAUCAGACAAGGUUGCUUCAGGAAUUUUAUGAAAUUCCAAGCAUUGAAAAAGCUUGGAUUUCUCGAUCUAGCAUCAAGAAUGGCUUGCAAGCAAUGAUAUCUUUGAGCCAGUUGAACCUUCCGGCAAAUAAAAAGAGGAAGUUUGUUCUCUCAGCACAUAUCCUGGAGGAAAUGAACAACAAUUCUAUUGAUUAUAAUUGGUCACCAUUUCCAAUUGAUCAUACAGGAGCAACACUGGUUGUUCCUUCACCUUCAGGUUUGAAUCUCCUUGUUGUUCGAAAUGGAGAUCACGACAUAAAAGAGGCAUCGACUCCAGUACAACUUGAAAUUUGGGGUCCUGCUCAAAUGCGGAAAGAGAUAUUUGUUCCCCCAUCUAUACAUGGUCCUUUGUUUACAGAUGGAUGGUUUGAAGGCAUUUCAUGGAACUCAGAUGAAACCUGUAUAGCUUAUGUGGCUGAGGAUCCUGCUGCCACUCAACCUGUAUUUACUAGUUCUGGCUACAGGCCAGGUACCUCAGGUGAAAAAGAGCCAGGAAGCUGGAAAGGCCAAGGAGAUUGGCUGGAGGAUUGGGGGGAAACAUACUCAGGAAAAAGGAGACCAACACUCUUUGUUCUUAAUAUUAAAAGUGGAACUGUACAGGCUGUUGAAGGCAUCCCAAACCAUUUGAGUGUUGGACAAGUUGUAUGGGCACCACAGUCUUCCACAAGUUUUUCUCAGUACCUAGUUUUUGUUGGCUGGUCUACAGAUGCUAGUAAUUUUCAGACACCAAGAAAGUUAGGAAUGAAAUAUUGUUAUAAUAGGCCAUGUGCUCUGUAUGUACUUAGAGCCCCUCUGUCAAACAAAGAAUCAUCCAAGGACACUGCAGGAAUUCUUAAACUCACUGAAAAUUUUUCUAGUGCUUUCUUACCGCGUUUCAGUCCAGAUGGGGAGCUGUUGGUUUUUUUGUCUGCAAACACUGCUGUCAAUACUGGAGCACAUUGCGCUACCAAUUCUCUUCACAGCCUGCAUUGGCCAUCUAGUGGUAUAAUUCAUUCAAAGAUUGAGAUAAAAGAUGUGGUCCCCGUUGUGAUGUGCCCACGGGAGGAUUUCUUUCCAGGAUUGUACUGCACAGACAUCCUUCCACAUCCAUGGCUUUCUGAUGGACAUACUCUACUUCUAUCCUCAAUCUGGGGUAGUAUGCAAGUCUUACUUGCAAUAAAUGUAUUAAGUGGAACAGUUUCAAAAAUUAGUCCUCAAGAUUCAAAUUCUUCUUGGAAUAUUCUUGCAGUGCAAGAUAAUAUUGUUCUUGCAGUUUCUAGUAGCCCUGCUGAACUUCCUAAUCUGAAGUAUGGUCAUCUGUCAAGAGUUCACAUGGAUGAUCAUGGAAAGGACACGUGGAGUUGGUUGAACUUAUCUCUUCCUUCCAUGGACUUUUCAGAGAAGGUCAAUGGCACGUUGUCAUCAAUAGACUUUAAGAUUUUUAAAAUUCCAGUUGCAGAGCAAGAGAUGAUUUCGACUGAAGGUGCCAGACAACCCUUUGAGGCUAUAUUUGUAUCAUCAAAGUGCUUUGGUAAUGAUGAAAGCCAAGAAGAAACUACCAUGAAAGAGGCUUGUAACCCCCUCAUUGUUGUCCUCCAUGGCGGGCCACAUUCUACCUCACUGACUAGUUUUUCAAGAGCUUAUACAUUUCUUUCAUCACUGGGUUUCAACUUGCUUCAUGUGAACUAUAGGGGUUCUCUCGGUUUUGGAGAGGAAGCUUUGCAAUCUUUGCCUGGAAAUAUUGGACGUCAGGAUGUCGCUGAUGUACUCAAUACUAUUGAUCUAGUUAUUGGAAAGAAACUUGCCAACCCAACAAAUAUUGCAGUUCUUGGUGGGUCUCAUGGUGGAUUUUUGACAACCCAUUUGAUUGGUCAGGCUCCAGAUAGGUUUGUUGCUGCAUCUGUACGCAAUCCUGUCUGUAACCUUUCAUCAAUGGUUGCUACCACAGAUAUUCCUGAUUGGUGUUAUGUGGAGACAUAUGGAAAGGAUGGAAAAGGGGCAUACACUGAAGCGCCUACAACAGAAGACCUCAAUGCAUUUUAUUAUGCUUCACCAAUAUCGCAUGUUUCAAAGGUGAAAGUACCAGUUCUUUUUCUUUUGGGUGCCAAAGACCUCCGAGUACCAGUAUCAAAUGGCUUGCAGUAUGCUCGGGCCCUAAAAGAAAACGGGGUGGAAGUAAAAGUGAUUAUUUUCCCCAACGAUGUACACGUCAUUGACAGGCCACAAUCUGAUUUUGAGAGUUUUCUGAACAUUGGGGUCUGGUUUAAACGGUUCUUUAAAUGAGAUCUCGGGCAAGCCUGUCAACUUCUUCUUGCCUUCAAUAAUAGAGUCGAUGGUUCAAAAGUGUCUACAAUUAUUCUCUCUGCAAUAUUAUUGCCGAUGAAUCUAGCAAUCCUUGUUGAGAGGAUCAUUUUGAAUAUCUCAAAAAACUCAAAUGUAUGUGUUGUGAAAAUUGUUCCUAUCAAAAUCUUCCCAGUGGCUGUCAUGCAAGAAUGUAUCCGAUGUGGUAACAUCUCAUUAAGAGGCAAAGCCUCAUGUUUUGCAGAUUCAUGGAUCAACAUCCUUCCAUGUAAAGGAAUGGAUAGCCUCUAACAGGAAAUAAAUCGGACUAAAGGUCAUGUUGGGGUUGAGAGGUUAUUUUACAGUUAUGUUUCUUGAUUGAGUUGGCUUUGAAACUGAACCAGUGGUAAAAGAACUUUGUUCAGGUGCUCUAGUAUGGAUUGGAAUUAUUACAAUAUCAGUAGAAUUCAGUGUUGAAGCACCACUUAAGCGUAGUGAUAAUAUACUACAAGAGUAUAUGGCAUCACCAGAGGUAACCUUCCUUUGCACUAUUCUUGUUUAGGCCUAAAUUUGUGCGAAUAACAACCUUAAAAAUUUGAGUUUGUUCUUUU